GGUUACCAGGUCUUGGACCGUCCGAUGACACAGCAAGGUCUGGGAGGGAUGAAGACAGGUGUUCAAGGUAAGCCCGCUACAAUUUCCAUCGGCCAAACUCUGAUCGCUUUCUGACGGAGUUUGCAUCUCGAAAGGACCAGGAAGAAUGGUGCAAGAUGUAACAUUCUUCCAAAGCGAGCUCCGUCACAAGAUAGCGCUCCUGAACUCGGAGAUCAACAAACUCAAUAACGAGUAUGAUACUAUCAAUAAGGAGAAUACGAAUUAUAUGAGCUUCCAGAGGAGGUAUGGGAUACCUGCCGAACAUCUAUGGUUUGCGCUCAAUAGGUCACUGACAACUUUCACAAACAAGAGCGGACACGCUAGCCGACGAGCUCCGCGAGCUCCAAGGCCAGCUUGGCGAUUACAACACCCUCGUCGACAAACUGCACACAGACUCCGAUCUGGAGGACAUUGAGCGGCUAGCGAGUCAGAUCAAGGCGAAGAAUGAGCGAAAUGCACAGACGCUUGAUGAUGUCUUUCAGGAAAGGCAGCAGUAUGUGUUCCCACAGUAAUCU